CAGGUCGUCGUUUCGCGCCCUUGUAAACUGUGCGCCCGGUUUCGUUGCGUCGCCCACUCCCCACCACCACCGAGUGUGUGCGUGUGUGUGCGCGCACACGAUCGUGAGCCAAGACAGGUUGCAGUAGGGGUUUCCCACCCAGCUCACAAAAACAGGAACUCCCUAGUGGUGUGUUGGGGCCUGUUUUGUUGGGGAGGCCACUAUCAUCAUCAUUCACUCGCUCUUUCUCUCGUUCUCUCUCGUUCUCUUCGCUGCUUCGGUGCAAGCUGCUGCGGGUGUGCGAUCUGCUCGGGCCGGACCCGUCGGGAGUUAGUGCGACUCAGUUACCGUCGUGAAGCCGGUCAAGCAAGGAUUACUUUGACCUUACCGUGCGGAGCCGCGUGUGGCUGUUUGGCGUUCGUUCGUAGCCCAAAUAUACGGACUGUGAUUUUUUGUUGUACACACACGCACACACGCACACCUCGUAGGCAGGAAUAAUGCUGGACACAGGUCGCAUCUUCUGCCUGGUGCUGCUUAUCGCCGGGUGUUGCGCGCUGCCCGCCAACACUAACGCUCAAACGAAACAGGACAGCAGCAACAACAACAACCGGACAACCGAACUGUUCGCCUACCCCGCCGAACAGUCGGCCAUCGAGUCGAAGCAAAACGCACGGAACCGUACCCCGAUCUUUAUCCCCAAGCAGUGUGCUGAAAACGAGAUCCUCUAUCCGGGCGACCACGAGAACGAUUGGGUGUGUGACUGUAAGCCAACGUACGUGUACCAUCCGGAAACGCAACAGUGCUACCAAAUGUACACCCGCGGCUACUGUCCGUCGGGGAAGAUCAUCUACAUCGAGCCGAAGGGCAAGCACCCGGAAUGUGUGCCGAACCAGUGUGCCGACGGGAAGGUGCGCUUCAUGAACGUGUGCGCGGUGCUGAACCAGGAGCAUCAGCUGUGCCAUCUGGCCAACAUAAAGCUGGUGGUCGGCAUCGACGAGGAUACGCACGAGCUGGAGUGUGUUAACAUUUCCGACGUGCCGUUCAACCGGACGCUGCUCAGCAACCAGCGGGAAUCGGCGGGCGUAUGAAGAAACACACAGAGGUGAAGCACACAGUUCCUCCAGUGGCGGAUGCAGAAUACCGCGUCACAGUUUUCUUUUUAGCACCUUCGACAAAUCGUUCAGUUCCCGAUCCGUUUGUCCCGCAACCGCGAAACUUUCAAAUUAUAGGUAACCGCCGGCUUGAUGUAAACGGAAGUAAAUGCAUGUUCCCCACGCUCGUUUCAUCUGACAACGGGCAUUGAGCUAGAAAAGAGAAAAAAAGAAUAUAUUACAAUAAAGUGACUAUUUUAGAUGGAAUUA